ACGGUUGGUUUGUUUACAUUGACCGGCUGAGAGAGAGAGAGAGAGAGAGAGAAAGCUUGUGUGUGUUGACUUCCAUGACUAGAAGUAGUGUCUUAACGCGGUGUGUGGUGCCGCGGGCGAGGCAGACACUGUGCUUCUUGUGGCACCAUCGCGCGGCAUCUUCGGCGGUGGCAGCGGCAGGGGCGGCAGCAGAGACUCGCACCAUGGGCCCGGCGCCUGGUGACCCCCCCGCCGCCACGCCAGCCAUGCCCUCCACCCCCUCACCAGGCACGCCCUCACAGAUCCUGCCAAGAAGCUUCCAGUGGCUCUAUCAGCACUGCCCGGCCUUCCCCAUCAGUGGCUCCAAGGUUCGAGUAAUUGUAGACCCAAGGGAGUUUUACCAAGAGCUGCUGGACAAGGCUGGAGGAGCAAGGAAGAGGAUCAGUAUAUCAUCUCUUUACCUCGGCACUGGCAAGCUGGAGGAGAGAUUGGUGUCAGUGGUUGGGCAGCGGGUGGCGGCAGUGGAUGGCUUGCAGGUUCACUGGCUGCUGGACCACACUAGAGGCUCUCGUGGCCAACACAGCUCCCGGUCCAUGCUGCAUCCCCUCCUAGCCCAGUACCCUCACUCCUGCUCAGUGUCACUGUACCACACUCCAAACCUGCGAGGGUUGCUGCGUCGCCUCAUCCCACAGCGCUGGAAUGAGACAAUUGGCCUGCAGCACAUGAAGCUCUAUGUGUUUGAUGACUCUCUCCUCAUUUCAGGGGCCAACCUCAGCAAUGACUACUUCACCAACCGCCAGGACCGCUACAUGGUGUUUGAGGAGUGUCCAGCGCUGGCUGCCUUCUACCACAACCUCAUUGCAACAGUGAGUCGCUUCUGUCCCCAGCUGGCCACCGAUGACUCCACCUCAAUGCCGGCUGGUACCUCUGUCCAUCCCUACCUGGGUGACUUGGAGGAGUACUGCGGUGCCAUGAGGGAGGCAGUGCAGGAGCUGUGGAGGGCAGAAUGUGACAGAACACCAGAGAGACUGAGACACAUAGGGAACACAAGCAACCCCUCCUUCUCCAGCACCUCCCUGGACACCCUGGUCUUUCCUACACUACAGAUGGGUCCCUUCGGCAUCACCAACGACGGCUAUGUGACCAAGCGGUUCUUGAGCAGUGCCGAGGAGGGCUCCCGUAUCCACCUGGCCUCGGGGUAUUUCAACCUGACUGAGGAGUACAUGAAGUGUGUCCUGGGCCAGUCAAGGGCUUCCUACAGCAUCCUUAUGGCCCACCCCGAGGCCAACGGAUUCCUGGGUGCUGGGGGGUUCGCGGGGGCCAUCCCAGCCGCCUACACCCAGCUGGCUAAACUGUUCUUUGGGCGGGUGAAGGAUGGAGAGCAGGAGCACCGGAUAAGCCUGCAUGAGUACCGGAGGAAGGGCUGGACCUUCCACGCCAAGGGUCUGUGGUACUCCAGGCCGGGACAGACCUGGCCAGUACUCACCAUGGUGGGCUCCCCAAACUUUGGCUGGCGAUCAGUACAACGGGACUUGGAAACACAGGUGGUGGUGGUGACGCAGAAUACAGCACUGAGAGAGGCAUUGCACAAGGAACACAGCCGCCUUUAUGACUGUGGCACAGAGGUCACAGACAGCACAUUCACCUCCCCAGGGCGUUCUGUUCCCCUGUGGGUGCGCUGUGUUAUGCCAAUCAUCAAGGUGUUCUUCUGAUGGUGCUGGAAAAAAGGAGUUGUCGCCAAGUGCUGUAAAAAGAGGGGUAGGUUUUAUUUAUUUGUGUGUUUAUGGAACAGGAACAGUGCUCGUGGGAUAAACAAGAAUGAGUGGUACCUCACCAGGGGUGUUGUUGUUUAAGUCCUUCUUAGUGUGUUCAUUGCUCAAGUGCUGCAAAAAUGUCAAUAUGUUGAUCUGUUUUGUGUGCAUGGAUGUUUAGUAUGGUGAAGUAUGAGCAAGACUCCAAGAUAUUUAAGAGAGGAUGAGAAAGGAUUUAGGGUGGGGAUGAGGCAGAUUUUAAGAUGUUUAGGGAAAAGAGUAAAGGUUAUGUAUAUUACUUAGAGAAAAGACCAAGUGAAGUUAUUAUUUAAUGGAAAGAUUGAAAAUAUUUGAGGAUUGCAAAAAAGCUUGAGAUUUUAAAGUUGCAAGAUGUAUCGUUACACAGAAUACGAAAAAAAGUUUAGUUGUUAUAUUUAUAUGUAUGUAUGGCUGAAGGAAAAUCAUGUUAAUGUUACAAAUAUUUUUCUUUGGCAGCUGACUAAAAAUCUAUUUAAAAUUAUUAGUCUUGUUAGUCUGUUAAUAAGUGCAGAGAUUUAUAGUGAGAAGUGACAGGUCUGUUAGUAAGUCCAAAGUAUUAUAGAGUGACUGAGUACUAGGAAAAAUAGUGAAAAUAUUGAUAAAUAAAAGUGUACAAACAGU